ACUAAGCCUCAACCUCAAUCAAGUUGGGUUAGCUAUGAAUCCUCACUAUUCAUGUCGCUCCCUUUAAACUCAUCUUCAAUCAAAUAUUAUAGGAAAUAAAGUUAAGGAUACAAGAAAGCACUAAAAGUUCUGUUAUUUUCUACAGGCAUAUAUGUCUUCUUUGUUCUUGCAAACAUACUGGUUGCCUCAUAUUUCUCUUUUGUUUUAUAGUGUUCCUACCGAAGAAACCAACAAUUCAUGUGUUUUUGGAGUCGAUUGAUUAAUAUUUACAGAAUGUUAUGGUACUGCAAUGUAAUUUUUAUAGUUCGUUUCCUUGAAACAGGAUCAAUAGUUCUUCUCAUACGAAUUCUGCCCCUUACAUGUGUUUAUAUUAGUUGACUUUGCUGAUUCUAUCACCUUUUUGUAGUGUCUGGUUCAGAACAUUUCAGGUGAGUCAAAAAGAGAAAUGAUUGUUUCGCAAUAUUAUGUAUCUUCCCUUGUCCUUCAUUCCAUUUCUCAAAAGGUUGCUUCACUUAGCUGAAGGAGCAAAGAGAUACAGAAGCAACGUCAUAUAUCAUCAUGUACAUGACAACUUUUGUCCCUGGUGCGGAAUUUUUCUGUCUUUCCAUUGGAAAGUAACUUCGGCAUAGAUGUAAGACAUUUUGUUUUUCUGAAUGUAAAUGCAUAGUGCUUGCUCUCAAACUAAUUGGCUCUUGGACGCAAGAUGGUGAGAAGUGUGAGUUGUGAUGUCAAAUCUUUUAAUGGUAGAUUUAUGAUGAGAAUGGAAAAGUACGUUAAGGAGCAGAACUAAAUCCUGCACAUUCCAGUUUCAAGUGUUGUUUACUUGUUUAUUCAAGAUACAUGUACAAAUUGAUUUCUACAAUAAUCAUCCAUCCUCUUUCCUAAGGUAGUCAGUGUCUAGCUGAGCUGCUUUCCUAAGUAAUGAACGUCUCAAUUUAUGAUAGGAGUUGAUUCUCUUGUUUGAAGAGACUAUUGUAACCAUUAUUCUAUCAGAAACAUUUUCUUGAAGUGCAUAUUUUCCAAGUUGAACAGCUCACCGAUGUUAGUGCUAAAGUAUGUAGUACCUCAUAUGCAUAAGUAGGUUCGUUUUAGUUCACGUGAGUCAGCCAUUCAAGCGGUUUCCUGCUGCAUGCUUUAAUUGCAGUGGGCUCUGAAUUUUUCUCUUUUGCCCCCACAAUUAAAGCUACUACGUGGUGCCAACUGAUCGAGGACGUCGUACUGGAGAAAAUCUACAUCACUAUACAUUGCUUUUCUCUACAUAGUGAUGAAGAUUCAAGAUGUUGAUUGAAUGGAACAAUUUAUAAAAUUUGGUUUGGAUGAUGUGUUAGUUAGAACGAGACAAAAUGAUGCUCGAGGUUUCCUCUAAUUGGAGCAACAAACAAUACAAACUUACUUUUUAUUUGCUGUUGGUUGUUGUCUGUAUAGUUUGAUGUCUCCUUCUUGGCAUAAGUAAGAAGAACACGUAUGGGCUUAUGUUGGUUCUUCUGGGUUUUAACGUAUCAGCUUGUUUUUUCCCACGGUGCCACCAAAGUAAAGAUGAUUCUUGGAUAUGAAUAGUCAUUUUUUAUGCACUGGAUUCCUACAUAUUGGUUCCACGCGUUACGAGUGUGCCUAAAGCUAAAAGCCACACUCCCAUUCAUUAAAUCAUGGAUUCCCCUCAGUCAAUUGUGACCUGUCCCCAGGAGGAAGAGAAAACUUCAAAGAAACUAGCACGAGCUCAAUGGCUUCGAGCGGCUAUCCUAGGAGCAAAUGAUGGAUUGCUUUCUUCUACAUCCUUGAUGCUCGGUGUGGGUGCAGCUAAAGAUCAAGAUCAGCGGUCUAUGGUACUUUCUGGAAUAGCUGGAGCUCUUGCAGGUGCCUGUAGCAUGGCUGUUGGAGAGUUUGUCUCUGUAUCGACUCAACGAGACAUUGCAAAGUCCAUUACUGACAAAUGUCAAUUGGAGAACGAGUUAAAAGGAGACGAUGGUGGAUACAAAACAAAGAUUCAGAUAGUUUGCUGUAAUCCAAUUAUUGCAGAAAACAAGCAAGGUGGAAAGGUGUUACAUGAAUCACCUGUGCAAGUACAGGCACAUUGUUUGACACCUGCAAGAUCUCCCAUGAUAAGAGUUAUGGAAAUUGAUGCAAGAAGAACCAUGAUGGAGGAGUCAAAACAGGACGAUGAGAGAAAAUUAGAGCCACUGCCUAGUCCAGUGAAGGCUGCUGUAGCGUCGUCUCUGGCUUUCCUAUGUGGAGCUUUUGUUCCUAUGGUGCCAGCUCUGGUGGUGAGUGAAAACAGAAUUAGGGUUGUUGUGAUGGUGAUUGUAGCAUCUUUGGCACUGUGUUUAUUUGGGGGAUUUGGAGCUUAUCUUGGUGGUUCAUCAGUUAAGAUAUCAGCUAUGAGAGUUUUAAUUGGAGGGUGGAUUGCAAUGGCUAUCACAUAUGGUUUGCUCAAGCCCUUUGAUAAUGAUGAUUAGUUACAUAAACGUUUGGAUAAUAUUUGGUU